AUGAAAAACCUGCCCAUGUUAAUCAAAGAAGACUUGACAGCAUGUAUGCAAAGGAUCAUACCACGAAUGCAACAGACUCUACCCCAUGGCACCACCGAGUACAACAUGGGAGCUUGCGAUGCUGUGAGGACAGUAGCACGGCAGAACCUCAUGUCUACCGACAACUUCACCAAGGUCUUCCUCCAACAUAUCCUUAACUCCUUGGAGAGCCGUGACACUGUUGCAGCAGAUGAAUGGCUCAACGUCUUAUUGGACAUAAUAAAAGUGUUGCCAAUAAACGUGCUUCACACUGAGGUUUUGCCGAUUGCUGUCAACAAAGCGCAUAUCUCCAAGCCUGUUCACGUCCGAGUAACCAGCUGUCGCAUCCUCGGCCAUCUUGCUCUCUCGUUUUCAGCUGCACAAGUCAAGAGAGACAUCAUCCCCGUGGUGAUCUCUCUGUGUCAGGAUGUCUCCGGAGAGACGAAGAGGUUUUUGGUCCGAGAGGCUGCUGUGGAAGCGGUGGCCUACAUGUUGCCGAAGUUCCCCCCGGACAUAUUGAAGAGUACAAUCAUACCACUUACCAAAAAAGUAUUUCCUGAUAUCGUGAAGAAUGAAGAUGGUUUAUUGGUAGUACUGACUAAAGUUUAUGGGCAGUAUGCUGUCGGUUUGAAAAAUUACAUGACAGUGAUAGAGAAGAGCCAGUUUCUACAGCGUUACAUCCAGAUGUCCCAACUCAACUCCAACACUAGACGCAACAAGAUCAACCCCUACAAUCCGAUCGUGAUGGACGAGGAUGAGUUGGCGCUACGGCUCACUGAGUGCCGACUCAACUGUGCCUACAAUUUUCCCGCCAUGGUCCUGUUCUCCCAGGAUCUCAAGCAGGAGCUGAUAGAUGCUUUGAUCAGUGUCAUGCGUAACCUAGCCAGCGACAGCUUCUGUCAGGUCCGCAAGAAAAUAGCUUCGGGCUUCUAUGAGGUGAUGAAGCUGAUGCCCAAGUGGCAAGCAGCACUCAAGGUGGAGUUCAUCAGGCUGCUCAAGGAUGACAUAGACAUUGUUCUGGAAGGCCUCGUGCCUAAAAUCCUCAAGAACAAACUAAUGUUGACUUUGUGUUUGAUCAGGUGAUGAAGCUGAUGCCCAAGUG